GCUUGUUGGUAAAAAGUUUUUGGAUUUCGGAUCAUUUUGUGUAAUUUUCCGACGGUUUGAGGUUCCUUUCCCUUUCCUGCCGUUUCCACUUUCCCAAUCGCUAUAGAAAGCCGAGAGAGAGAGAACGAUGUUUCAUUGGUUCAAUUGCUGGCCUUCUCAAUUCAAAGAGAGAAACAUCGUCUUCACCGUCUCCGAUUUCAUUACUGCCGGCGAUUUUCUUGUCGCAAAAUGCUCUUGGUCUUGGGAAUCUGAUGAUUUGAUCAAACAGAAGUAGUAUUUACCAUCUAACAAACAGUUUUUUAUUUUAAGAAAUGUUCCUUGUCUGCGAAGGGCUCUCUCUUAUGAAGAAGAAUAUGUGAUUGCUGGUAGUGAUGAGUCUAAGGAUGGAGAUAACUUGCUUUCAACCAAAAAAUUGCUGGAACUGGACACGAAUAAUCCUAUUACGGUAAUUCAUUCAUACUUUGGCGUUGACAAAAAUCCAUAUAUGGAAAAAUCUAUCAAAUUCCAUCCUGCAGCUCAGGAAUCAACUCAUCUUGUAGUCCAUGAUUCUGAAGAUAGCAUAUGCCCAAGAACUUAUGACAUAAGCAUCACGUAUGACAAUGAUCUUCAAACCUUCCAUUUCACUGGAUAUCAGAAGGAUGGGAUGCCCUUGCAACCAGAACUAAUUCUUGAAGAUGUCAGGAAGAAUCAUGCAGGCAAAGCAGUAAAUAUUGAAGACCAUCCUUACUUGCCUGGGAAACAUGCAUCUGUACAUCCAAAAAUUCUUGGAGCUGCAGUGAAGAAAAUGGUCGAAUACCAGAUGUCGCAUUGGAAUGUGCCUGAAGUCAGCAGGUUCCUUUCUCUAUUUCUGGAAUUCGUUGCUUCGGUAUUUCCAACCAUUAAAUAUGAUUGCAAAAUGAACUUUGAUUUGGAGAGCAGCAGUGACUAAUAAAGGUAAAUGCAGGAAUUUGGAAGUUUAAAAAGGAUUACUCCGGUAUAGAACUUCAUGGUCCUGUUUGAUAACCAUUUGAUUUUUUAUUUUUGUUUUUGAAAAUUAAACCUAUAGACAUUAUUUCGGUUGAAAAAUAGGAUUAUUGACGUAGGGGUAUUUAUGUAAUUUUGUAGGCCCCUAGGGUUUCUUACUGUCUAUUUAUAUGUUCCUCUGUAUUUUGUGUAUCUGAAAAUAAUAAGAAAAAGACUAUAUCGUGGUUUUUUCUUCUUGUUCUAGAGUUUUCCACGUAAAUUGUGUGUUGUUUCUCUUCUCCUUUUUCAUCAUGGUAUUAGAGUAAGGCGAGGAAACCUUAGCUGCCAUAGAUGAGAAUCAACCACAGUCAUCUUCAUCGGUCUCCGUGGGAAUUGAUGGAUCCACAAGUGUCGACAUUACAACGACCAUUCAAGAAGCCGUCGAACGUUAUCUCCAAGCUGUACUGCCUCAAUUGAUUUCAGCCGUAAGCCCAGGUACGAUCGUUUCUAUCCAGCAGUCGUGUGAAGGAACCUCUGCUGGUUCAUCCCAGAUUGGAGCAGCUGUCGAUCCCUUUGCCGGUUCAUCCCAGAUUGGAGCAGCCACCGAUUGACGCCAGCCCGAGCUCGAUAAUAGUCGGUGAACGUAGCUCCCUCCCGCGCCGACGAUGGUCGUCGAACAAAACCCACGAACCGGAGCUGCCCUCUUCCAGCGCAGCUGUCGGUGGUGACCAUCCCAAACUCCGACCAUCCACAGUCCUGGUUCGUAGUUGCUCCAGCCGAGGAUCGAAGCACAGCUGACUUCCAGCUGUCUAUGACAACCUCUUCUUUCCCUAUACCAAAUAGUAGUGGUGGGGCCCACGGUCUUAAUGAAGUUCAACGUCGUUUCACCCAUCUCUAACAGCAAAUUGCAGGUGUUCAACAACAAAUUGUAGACUUCGGAACAGUUCUUGGCACGAACCCACAGAUUGUUCAAUCUGAAUUUUUUGCUAAUCCGCCAAUUUACUUCGGACAUCCGGUAAAUUCUCUCUGUUGUUCCUAACACAACUUGUUUGAUUGGCUCAAUGGGAAAUUUUGUAGGGAUCCUUGUUGGGGAAAAAUUAAAUGGCCAGAAUUACUUCUCUUGAUCCCAAUCAAUCAGAAUGGCCUUGGAAGGACACCACAAAUUUGGGUACUUGACAGGAGAGAUAUCAAAGUCAGUCCCAGGUGAUCCUCAAGAACGCAUCUGGAAAGGGGAAGAUUCCUUACUUCGUUCCGUUCUUGUUAAGAAUAUGGAACCCCAGAUCGGCAGACCGUUGUUAUAUGUUGCAACUGCCAAGGAUACUUGGGAAGCUGCUUGAGAUCUCUACUAAAAAAGACAGAAUGCUUCUUGCUUGUACACACUUCACAAGCAGGUCCACGAGUGCAAACAAGGGACCAUGAAUGUUACUUCCUACUACAAUAAACUAUUUCUACUCUGGCAAGAAAUGGACUUGUGUCGAGAAAUUGUUUGGAAUUGUGCUCAGUAUGGGGCUCAGCACCUAAAACUUGUAGAAGCAGAUCGUGUCUAUGUGUUCCUGGCUGGAUUAAACUCUAAGUUUGAUGGUGUUUGAAGUCGAAUUUUGGGCCAACGCCCAACUCCCCAUCUCAGAGAGUGUGUUUAAAGAUACGGUUAGAGGAGGUGAUAACGGGCAGAAAUGCAUGUUAUCAUAGUGCUGAAUCCUUAAACAAUGUUGGAUUGCGUUGAUGAAAUAUGUUAAAUUGCGUCCAUUAAGCAUAAAUUCUAUAAUA